UUCUCAGUAUCAGAGGACCAACGAACUAAUCCUUUUUGAAGUUUCGGUUACUAACAAGUCCACUUUUAUUUAUAUCUAUCACAUGAUGGAGCGGUUUAACAAACACUUCCUACAAUUAUCUCAAUAAAAUGCCUCGAUGAUCCCAAUAUUGCAUGCAUUCUCUCUGUGUUAGUAAUGGGAAAUUAUUUCACAAACCCGUCUUCGAAGGCCGCCGGAAGAGUAAUUCUAUGGGAUGGCAGAGUUCAUGAGUUUGAGAAACCACUAACCGUGGCUGAGCUGAUGCUGGAGUACCCACAACAAGUGGUGGUGGAGUUCCGCUCUGAUUUGUCUGAAAAGAGACCAACUCCGUUGCCAGCUGAUAAGAAGCUAGACAUGAAGAAGGUGUACCUAAUGUUGCCCAUGAAGAGGGGGAAGCCUGUGUUAUUAUCUUCAGAGGAAGCUAGGCAUGUUCUUUCGGUUUUAAGAUCGCGGUCUUUUUUAUCUUCGUCGAGGUUUCUGCCUUUGUUUGCUAGGAUCUGCCCUGCUGGAGGUAUUGAAGAGGGACAGACAUCGACGACGACGAAGUUUGUUUCGGAAAGGAAGGAAAAUGAAUCGGAGUUAAUGUUGCCGGAGAUUUUGGAGAAUAGACCAGAGUAUUUGAGCAGGCAACUUUCAGGGAAAGGGUGGAAACCUAGCUUGGAUACGAUUAAAGAAAAGAAGGUGGAGAAAAAGAUACCUCACUGGUUGUUUAAUUUCCAAGCUUAAUUAAUUAAUCAGGUUGUUGUGUGAUUUGUGGAGUUUGUUAUCUUGUCAAUAGUUGCAAAGCCAUGAUGAAAUUAUAUAUGCUUAUUUUGUUGGAUAAUCAAGAAAUUACGAACUUGCUUAUCUAAUAGUGUGAAAUGUUUUCUUUUCA